AUGACUUCGACCAAGGACGCAAACAGCUCCCACGUGGAAGACGUCAACGCCCAGCAUGAAGCGCUCCUCACAGGCGCAGUCGCCUUGGCCUCUCUGUUCAGCUCAUGCGUCGAAGCGUUUGGUCUUGUUCACCCGCAGCACAAAUGGGAGAAGGGGGAACAGCUGCUGUUGACGCGACUGGGCUUGCAACAAGCACGACUCCUCAUAUGGGGACAGGUGCUGGGCAUAUCCUCACCGCCAGCAGCCGUCACCAAUCGCGCAGUACCCAGAUACCCCAAUGGCGCAUACCCAGACGUCAAAGAGCCCACCUUCUUCGAUGCGCGCGAUCCUCGGUUGGACGAUCCGAAUGUCAGGACGACAAUAGAGCAGACCCUCAGCGCGAUUGUGGAUCGCAGCAGUACUUCGACAAGAGAAGAGAUGAUGGCCAAGUUUGGCUUGAAGCCGCCGAAACGCUUCAGCACAACAUACCAGCCUGCGAUGGACACGAUCCGACUUGAGACGUUUAGAGAAAAGUGGGAGUUGUUGCGGGAGGUCGCUGAGACAUAUGCGCAAAUCAACACACGGCGAAACAAUAGCAUUAUCCAACAGAGCUGGAUGAUCGCCGACAUCAGCAAGUUCAGCUCCUUCAUCGCAUUGACGCAGGAGAAGGUGGACUACUUGAUCGAGCUCAUGGACGUGAAAGAGAAGGUCGACAGAGGGCUCCGCAUGGACAUCAGGAUCUUCGGCUGGCACAUCGUUCCAGACCGGGCGAGAACGGCGCAGGAUGUAUCGAAGCUCAGAUUACUGCAGGAGAUCUGCAAGCAGGACUACCCGGAGUACCUUGUAGCGACCAAGCAGGCAUUGGAGAAUAUCGAUCGCGAGGCCCGGGAGAUGUACCCACAGUACGCCUCGCCCACCACGCAGUACACAGUACCCGGCGAACCAAAAGUCAGCCACGCUCAGGCACACCAAAAGAAACGACCAGGUCUCUUUAAACUCUUCCGCUCCUUCGGCAAGAAAGACCACCAACCCGCCCGCUCAGGCAGCGCAUCCGCCGCCCUCCCCUCCCAAGAAGACCCCGGCCCAGUCCGCUCCCUAUCCGACGCCGGCCCAGACACCAGCAUGGGCCCCGCCCUCGGCCGCGUCCGCAGCAAGAGCGUCGGCUACACGGAGCCACCUCUCGGCGAUAGUAACAACAACGACGGCGACGACGACCUCCGCAACAGGCUGGAGCAAAUGACGACCCACGAAGACACAGGGGAGGCGCAGUAUGAGGUGAUUGAGCCGCUGAAGGGGCCUGAAAGUGUGCAAGUUAGGAGUCAUGAGACGGUUGAUUCGCCGUUGGAGGAUUCGGUGGGGGAGAUGGAGAAGUUGUCGAGGAUUGUGAGGCAUGAUCAGUAUCAUGGCAUUGCGAGGACGGAGACGAGGGAUUUGCAGCAGCCGGGAGCGGAUUUUGGGAGUGGGUGA